CAAGAGUAAGUUCCCUUGACGAUCACACAAAAAUGGCCGUCGUUGUCUAACUUCCGUAAACUUCGUCACAAUGUUUCAAGUUACCGGUAGAUAACAACAACAUCAGCUGCUAUGGCGCGGCGAGCCCACGCAAGAGACCUUCAUAAACAGGGCGAGGCAGCUCAGUUCAGACUAACUGUCUCCCAGGCUUUACGAGAAGAAGCCGAAAAGUUACGACCAAAGCUGGUAGAUCCCAUUGACUACGAGACUUUUGUGGUGAAGAACAAAGCCGUGCUUCACAAUGAUCCCCAGCUGGACAUGGUUAAUUUCCCACAUGAUGAUGUGGAACUUCCUCCUCCAACACCAAAACGCAAGCUACGAACAGUGUGUAGCACUGUCCCUGCUUCAGCGGAAAAAGAAGCAACCAGUCUUAUGGUCCGGCAAGCGAUACGCACAUACACAGACUGCUGUUACAUGAUCCGAUUCAAAUACCAGACCUAUUCAGGAAGUUACCAACAACUGCCAAGAACACAAAAGGAUCCUCUGCAUGAACACGUGUUUGAAAUUGAUGCUGAAUCAGAAGAGAAAGACGAUGACACUCUUACUCGAGAAUUUGUGUCUAGCAUCAUAAAGAGGGGCUGGUUAUCUAAAGGUCCAGAUGGCAAUAGAGAAAACGUCAUCAGUUUCACACGGCAAUUCAAGAAAAGGUUCUUCAUGCUAAAGCAACAGUCAGAUGGCACAUACCUUCUGGAGAUGUACAAAGAUGACAAGAAAUCUGAAGUCAAAGGAUCCUUUUUCCUUGAUUUGGCACAAGAAGUUGUCAGGAAUACAAAGAAGGGAAAGUUUUGCUUUGAAAUUCGCAUGGCAGACAGAUCUUGUCUGCUUGCAGCAGAAAGCGAACAAGAAACAUUGGACUGGAUAAACACUCUUAAUAAAGUCAUCAACUCAGCAGACACUUUGUCACAGGCAUCGAGAGACAGUGUCAGAGAAGAGACUACGUCAGCAGAUAAACCAGAACAGGUUAAGGAGAGGAGUAUUGACCACCCUGUCGUAAAGGAUGGAAAAAAAAAUUUCUUGCAUAUCUGUGUAGACCAUGAAGAGUAUUCCAGAGAGACUGAUUUAACGCUGUCCAAGGCCAGGCAGGAAAACAGACAGAAUCUCUUCUCGAUUUAUCCUGAUAUGAGAAGAGUUGCGCCUGAAGAUGACUUAGAUGAUGAGGAGGAGGGAGAUGAAGUAGAAGUUUUCCCAAAGCCUGCCGCAGAAAGAUUUCUGCUACGCCUUCUGUACAUGAAAACAGCACUGCAGCUCUCCUUAUCAGAUAUUGGAGGACCAAUGAAGGAAUGUAAUCCAGAACCAUUCUUUGUCACAUUUGCCAUCUAUGAUGCAAAAGAAGGAAAGAAAAUCUCGGAAGAUUUUCAUGUGGACCCUAAUGAACCAGAAAUCAAGGUUAUGAUUCCUGCAGACAUCAUGAAUGUUUACAACAAGAAUUUUGGCAAUGACAACAAAGACAGUCAUGUUGACAUCAAUGGUCUGAAAAUUGAUUGGAUGCCGACAGCGGAGCGACAGGGUAUUUUCUCAGUAGCCCGACGACAUUCUGAAAUAUUCCUGGUGGCAAGAGUAGAGAAAGUGCUGCAGGGCUCAUUGUCACAGUGUCUAGAGCCUUACCUAAAGGGCCAAGAUCGCAAGCUUGCCCUCAAAGUUCACAUGGCAAUGAAGCAGCACUGUGCUGCGAUUGGCCAUUAUCACAUGCCUUUUGCUUGGUCGGCAAAGCCCAUCGCUGCAACUGUAGUUGGAGCAUCUGAUAUGCCGCUGUUUCGCUAUGAUGGCACAAAGUUUUAUGAUGAGGAGAUUAUUAAGCAGCUUCAAGAUUUUAAAAGACCCGAAAAAUCAGGAAAAUUUCAGACAAUACCUGGGACUCUGCGGAUACAUUUUGAACAACUUCAUGCAGAUGAAGUAAAAGAGAACACUCUCACAUCAUCUAUGGUUCCUGUCAAACCAUUUGCUGAUCCUCCUGGGUGUGAACUGUCCAUAGAAGUGGAAGAGUUUGUAUCAGAGAAAGCUUCAUUGUGUUCUACUUUUGACUACUUCCUCAACAAUCUCUAUGUCUACCCACUGUCUUUGAAAUAUGACAAUCAAAAACUGUUUGCUAAGGCACGUAACAUUGCAUGCUGUAUAGAGCUGAGAGAUUCAGAUGACGAAAGAGCUGCACCAUUAAAGCGCAUAUAUGGCCACCCUUCGAUAUCCCUGUUUACUUCUGUGGCCAACACGACAGUUACACAUCACAGCACGACACCAGUCUUUAUGGAUGAGGUGAAGAUUUCUCUGCCAGUCCAGCUUCAUGAUCAACACCAUCUCUUUUUCCGAUUUUAUCAUGUAAGCUGCGAGGCUUCUAAAAGUGGAAGCCGACACUCAUCGUCCUCUGUGAAGAAGAAGGACAUGAUUGAAACACCCGUUGGAUUUUCCUGGAUGCCAGUUUUACAAGAUGGAAGGGUUGUAGUUGGUGAGCGGACCAUCCCAGUGGCUUGCAAUGUGCCAACAGGCUACCUUGCUUAUGAUACUUUGAGCCCAGGCAAAGGAACAGCUGGGGUGGAAGUGAAGUGGGUGGAGGGUGGGCGACCUCUCUUCAGGGUUCAACUUCAGCUGGUAUCCACAGUCUACACUCAGGACCAGCAUCUUCAUAACUUCUUCAAACAGUGUGAAAUACUUGAGCAAAACCCAUCUCUCACUGUGGACAUGAACAGCAUAAACAAAAUCAAGUCGUUGUUGGCAGUGGAUGCUGCAGUCUACGUCCAGUUCCUGCCAACUCUGCUGAACCAGCUGUUCCUUCUGCUGACUGGCACUGUCCGUGAAGAUGUGUCAUUAAAUAUUGCAAGGGCCCUGAUUCACAUAGUAGCAGAGGUACAUGAUGCUGAGAAGAGUGAAGCUACAGACAAGUAUGUGAAGUACAUCUUCCGCCCACCAGUCAUUGUGAAAGGUGGAAACCAGAACACUGUGCAUGAAGAGCUUGCAAAACAGCUGACCAGUGUCCUCCGACCUGCUCAGACAGACCCAACACUUGUCCUUAGAUUUCUUCGCCACUCAGCAUUUUUCUUUGAUGUUCUUCUCAAGAGCAUGACUCUCUUUCUCACAGAUAGUGAACGAAUCAAGAUGCCUCGCAAUGAGCGGUUUUCAGCGGACUGCCAGUUCCGCUUACAGAGUCUUCUGCACACUGUCACACUUCAUAUAACGCAAAAGUGCAGGGAAAACCCUGCUGAGGCUAAGACAGCCAACCACAACCUGGCAAACUUUGUCAAGAACUGUUUCACAUUGAUGGACAGAGGCUAUGUGUUCAGGCUGGUGUCAAAACAUCUAGAACAUUUUGUGCCAGGAGAUCUUAAGGUUCUGCAUGACUUGAAGAUAGAGUUCUUGCGUAUCGUCUGUAACUAUGAGCACUACAUCCCGCUGUCAUUGCCACUCAUGAGGAGGGGCAUAAUCAAGAACUUCAAAGACAUCAAGGUGGAAGAUGUGAAACAUGACUAUACCCUGUCAGAAGAGUUUCGGCGAAACCAUUACCUAACAGGUCUUCUCCUGCAUGAGCUGCUGAUGUGCAUGAAUAUGCCAAGGGAAAUUCGUCGAAGUGCUAUCACAGUGCUUAGAAACCAGCUAGCCAAGCAUUCAUUCGAUGACCGCUAUGCUUCAAAGUCGCAGCAGGGUCGCAUCGCUGCUCUGUACCUGCCUUUGAUCAGAAUCCUGCUUGACUUUAAGCAUCUCUUGUUCCGCAAUGGCCAUGGGAGCCACAGAGCAACCACACCUACCCCGACACCAACACAGAAUGGAGAUGCCACACCAGCAAGAGCCGACUCCCUAGCUCAGCUUAAUCCUGCCUUAGCUCAACCCACACCUGAAUCGAAGAGGAGGGAGAGAGCUGUGCUGGAAAUGAUCGCUGGAAAUGUGCGCUUACCAGAGUCACCUUUAGAGAUUGGUGUGAAAGAAUCAGACAACAAAGGUUCCAACACCUCUCUGACCAGUUCCACAUCCUCAGAGAAGGGUGACAGAGACAGCAGGCUUAAGCCUCCCAAGCCUACACCAUCCCUGAGUGUUCCACAAGUGCAUUAUGUCAGCCCUUUGACCAGAUUAGAUGUUACAGAAAUCAAGGAUCUGCUUUUAUGUCUUAUGUACGUCCUUCGAAACUUGCCCGAAGUCAUACUGUUGGGAUGGAUAAACAACUCAUCAGAAAAUGAUGUGAUCGACUUCUUUGGUCUACUUGAGUUGUGUUUGCAACACUUCCAGUACCAGGGGAGGAAAAAAAUCUUUACACUCAGCAUGAUCAGUGGGUCAACAAACCAGCGCGCCCAAACAAUGCCUGCCUUCCAGCAGCCAUACCGUGGUCGCCCUAUCAGUCUUUCCUCCCAACGAACUCCCAGUCAGUAUGGAGAAUUUUUUCCAGAAGGUCUUCACACUCCAACAUCUUCAGAUGCAGAUGCAAUGAUGCGAGCCCUGCAAGAAGCUAACAUCUCCACUGAAAUGGGUCUGAUUGUACUGGACAUACUCUGUCUCUACUGCCAGACAUUUAAGAAAGAACUGGAGGAGCAAGGAGGAGAAAACCCACUGAUGCGAACAGUAUUUCAGCUGUACCUGGGAUACCUUCGCUCCCCUCAGUCUGAAAUACUUCAAAAACAUGUUUUUGGUUCUUGGCGAGCAUUCAUCAAGAAGUUUGAGACAGUACUUUUUAAAGGAAGUGCUGAGAUGUGUGGACAGCUAUGUUAUGAGAUUCUGAGAUGCUGUAAUUCCAAACUAGCAUCUACAAGACAAGAGGCUUGUGCACUCUUGUAUCUUCUCAUGAGAACCAAUUUUGAUUUCACAAACAAAAAGAACUUCACACGAGUACAUCUUCAGGUCAUCAUAUCAGUUUCACAGUUGAUUGGCAGUGUUGUGGGACUGAGUACAACUCGUUUCCAGGAGAGUCUAGCUCUUGUCAACAAUUACGCUAACAAGGAUAAAAGCAUACAGUUCCUUGAUCAGAAUCAUGUGACUAAAUCUUCAUUCCUGGGUGAGGUGCGGGACCUCACCAAGCGCAUCCGCACUGUGCUGAUGGCCACAGCUCACUUGAAGGAGAAUGAAAAUGACCCUGAGCUACUUGUUGACCUGCAGCACAGUCUUGCCAAGUCCUAUGCCUCCACACCAGAACUGCGGAAAACCUGGCUGCAAGCCAUGGCCUCCCAACAUAUUCGCCGUGAAAACUUCUCAGAGGCGGCCCACUGUUACAUCCAUAUAGCUGCUUUGAUUGCAGAGUACUUAAAACGAAGAGAUGUCAGUGGAAAGCUUAAAUCCAGAGCUUAUCCGCAAGGCUGCCAGUCAUUUGGGGUGAUUUCCCCAAACAUUGUAGCAGAAGAAUCAGGAAUCAAAGAUGACUCGGGAAUGCAGGAUGUUCAGUACACAGAGGAAACACUGGUGGAGUUCCUUGAACUAGGUGCUGAGUACAUGCAGAAAGCACAGCGAUUUGAGGGACUGGGGGACAUCUACAGAAUUGCAAUUCCAAUCUAUGAAAGGACACGUAACUUUGAGAAACUGGAAAAAUGCUACCAGCAUCUUUCUCAGGCCUACACCAGCGUGAUUGAUGUCAUGAAGUCAGGAAAGCGGCUUCUAGGAAAAUACUAUCGUGUUGCUUUCUUUGGUCAGACUUUGUUUGAGGAGGAGGAUGGCAAGGAGUACAUCUACAAGGAGCCAAAAGUAACAAGCCUGGCUGAGAUCUGCGAUCGCCUCAAGACAUUGUACACAGAGAAGUUUGGCAAAGAUGCUGUCCAGUUUAUACAGGACUCUAACAAGGUAAAUCCAGCAAUGCUAGAUCCCAAAUAUGGCUAUAUCCAGGUGACAUAUGCUACUCCCUAUUUUGAGGAGAAGGAGCUGCUGGAGAGAGUGACUGAUUAUGAGCGUAAUAACACAAUUAGACGCUUCAUGUUUGAGACACCAUUCACAAAGGAGGGGCAUGCUCGAGGCUCAAUUGAGGAACAAUAUAAACGCCGUACCAUCCUUGUCACCACUCACACCUUCCCCUACAUAAAGAAGCGAAUUGAAGUAAUGUCCGGAGGGCGCAGAGAGAUUGAGCUAAGCCCAAUCGAGGUUGCUAUUGAUGAGAUACAGACAAAAGUUAUUCGCCUGCGUGAGACAGUCUCGUGUCCAGUUCCAGAUAUUAAAAAACUGCAGCUUGGGCUCCAGGGUAGCGUUAGUGCGCAGGUGAAUGCUGGGCCUUUGGCAUAUGCAGAAGCUUUUCUGGCACCGGGUAAGGUUGAAAAGCAGCCUGCUGACAAAGUAAAAAAACUGAAGGAAGUUUUUAUUGAGUUUGUACAUGCGUGCAAAGAUGCCCUUGGCUUGAAUGCUAAGCUGAUCUCGACAGAUCAGAAAGAAUAUCAUGAAUCAUUGAAAAAUGGGUUUGGGGAUAUCGUGGAGCGAUUGUCUAAUCUACUCGGUGAAACAAUCUUGGAUCAGGAGCUGUACAGAAACCCACGCCACUCUAUGACAAUCUUCAGCAUGUCUGUGGGCUCAAGUAAUGCUUGAGCAAAACCUAAAGUGAGGAAUAGACUGCGCAUUUGGUCACUGGUAACAGUUUUGUGCCAUCUGUUGAUAUUCGCUUAUGCUCAAAGGAGAACAAGAGGGAAAGAAACCUCUUUACAACACUGGUCACUUCCUCUGAAUAGCAUGGUCAUCUUUGUACUGGCUUUGACUGAAUAACACAGUGCUGAGAGAUCAUGGGAUCCCUGACUUCUUGUGUUACACUAUUCACUGAGCGUAGUGAUGGGGAUUUGGGGAUGGGUAAGGGAAGAGUGAGGUGGAGGAGGGUUUUGAACAGAGUGAGAGGGUGUGUGUACAUUUGAUGUAUAAUUACAGUAUAACAUUACAGUAAAAAUGAUGUAUAAUUAUAGUAUAACAUUAUAGUAAAACUGUUAAGUAUGAGCGAGUUCAAUUAAUGUAGCUUAGAAAACCAAAGACAUAGCAGCUGGUCAUUUGAAUUGGUGAAAAGGAGAGACAGCUCAUAACAAAUGGGAAGAGGUCACUUGAUGGCCCAUUACACGGUGAGAACAUUCUGGAGGUGUUUGUUUUAAUUAAUGCAAAGCUCAGGAAAAUAAUGUAACUGCCUAUAGACAAUAUAUGUUUUGCAAAACGAGAAAAAGCAUCAGUUAUUAUUUUAAGUAAAUUUUGAGCCCUCUCUUCCUUCCCCUUGGACAUUAAGGACUAAUGAGCAAGAGAAGUUGAUGUACAUUAACAAAUAAGAGGAGGAAAUAUUUAUGGAAAGCUGCCGACUAGAGUUUGUACCGAAAAAUACUAGCUAUCUACAGGGAAGAUAUGCCAUGGAGAUUGCUGAACAUUGCAGGGUACUUGUGGUCAAAUCUUAUUCUGAUCAAGGUGCCUGAUGUGACUGGAAUGUUCUCCUCAGCUACAAAUGGAUGUUGCAUAAACAUGAGGAGUGGUAGUAAUAAACAUUUCAAUUUUUAUAGUGUUUGGCAUAGUCAUGUGCAGGUAAUGGCUGACUUUGUUGUGGAUUUGUACUUUUCACAUGACUAAGCAGUUAGGAAUAAAAGUACGAAGCCAGUAUCUACAUUUGUGAUGCUUAAAGCUGCAUCCUUUUGAGUAAUAUCUCUAGAAGUUCAACAAAAUAGUUCUACAAGAUUCAUUUAGAGGUUUCAAUAAUACAGGUUUUUAUUUGUUAAUCUAGUAUGUUUAAAGAGUAACUCUGAGGUUUCUUCUUAUAGAAAGGUUACUUGCUUGUUCAAAUGUAUGUUGUCUGUGAUUAACUACAUUGGUAUUUGAUGUGUGUGAACAAACUUUAGCACAACUGAAAUGAUAUUGUUCUUAUGAAUCUCUGAUCAGCAUCCUAGGUCUUCAAAAGACUGAUAAUUCUUUUUUCCUCCUUUUAUUAUGCUUUUCAAUGUUCAAAUUUAGGGCUAAGUGGCCAGAUGUGCCUAAUAGAUCUGUGCUUUGAACUAAUUGUGCACUUUUGUAAUGGAAUUCUUCAUGGCCAAAUGAUUUUUGGAUGCAUUGGUGACAGGUCGUUUUCUGACAUCCCAAAUUUCAGCAAAACCAAGACAAAUCAGCUUGUAUCUUAUUCUUUCAUUUAAAGGUAUGUUCAUCUCGUUCAUCUGAAGUAAAAGAGAGCUUCCUCUACGUGUAAUGUAUGGGUUUUUUCCCCCCCAGAAUUGUAUUGCUUUGACAAAUAUAAAUUAUAUACAAGCUUUAUGUUACCGGAAUAGUGAAAACUAGUGAUGUGUUAAAAGAUGAACAUGUCCCUGCAAGGAUUUAAGGACUGAGUAAAUCCGAUGUUUAGGACUGGUCAUUAAAAAAAAUGUGCAUGCUAUUGCAUGCAUUUGUUGAAUAUGCUUUGCAGUAAAGUUAAUCCUGUGUAUUCAAAUGAUAACACACCAAAAUACUUUUAAAGGCUCAGCAUGUGUGACUGUAUCCAUUAUUAUUUUUUUUGGCUGUUUGUACCCAAGAUGCCUUUUAAAGCUGAAAAUGCCUUCAAGUGUAUGUGUACAGUGCAAAGUAAACUAUUGUUUGUUGCAGACUAUGCUUACAUUACUAUUGCUACAUUUUCCUUCAGUCUUGUCUAACCUAUCUUGUCAAAUAGCUCCACAUACUAUGCAUUAAACAUGAAUUUAUUUUUUCUUUUUUUUUCUAUAUUUAAAAUGAUUAUUUAAGACUUUUGGUUGUUUAAUUAUGCAGAUGUGCGUCAUUUAUUUUAAUAUUGAUGGAAAAAGAAUAUUUACAAAAGUUGGAGACCCUGUGAGGUUGUUUGGCUAAGACUUCAUAGCUGUGCAAAGCAUCUUUGUGACAAAGCAUUUUUCUGUCAUUCUUCUUUGUUGUAAAUAGCCAGUGCAUGCUUAUAGCAACUGCAUUAUGCUACCUUGUGAUUGUAAAAAGUGUUUCAUAUUUUGCUGUUGCUUUAAAUAUUGUUAUUCUGACAGAGGAUCAUUUCUGGAACUGCAAAAUCCCAGAGACGGAACUUGAGUUAGUGUGUUGAAUCAUCGGAAUAUUCUAUUGCAGGUGCUUAUAUAAUAAGUUGCAACAGUUGCAUCUGUGAAUGUAUAAACACGCGUAAGAUCAUGUAUGCAUGCACACAUACACACUCAUGCCUUUGGCUGCCAGCAGAUGUUGAGUUUUGAUGAUGGGAAUACUUAUGCAUUGUUAAGGAGUGUUUUGCAUUACAGCUAUCUGUCAAUCAUUUGCACUAUGGAAGUUUUUCAGUUUAUUUGUGAGAAAACUGUUUCUUCUUUGACAGUGUUUUGGGCUCAAUAUAUGCCUCUUGCUUAAAAUGCUGUGAUACAUUUGAAAGUAUUUGGUAAUUUAAAAGGGAUUUCUCAUUCUUGUGCAGUCAUAAACAAAUCAUGAAUUUUGUUUAAAAGUCACAAUAAGCUUUUGUUACCAGUUGCACCUUCUUCUUUUUUCAGUUGAACAGUUUUCCACAGUAGUAACCUCAUCCAAAGUUAUUUUUGUUGUUUCUUUUUCUUUAUAGUUUAUUUACUUUUGUAUUGCCUUUUUAAAGAAAAAGAACACAAUGCACCAUUCUAGCAUUUGAUUUAUUUACAUGUAAUGAGCUUGCAUAUAUUAUUUAAUACUAAGCCAUUUUACCAGUUUGAAAAAGUAUGCAUUUUAUUGACAGUUUUUUAACUGGCAGGUUUGUUGUUAUUAUUGUUAAUCAUUUAAAUGUUUCCAUUAUGUUAUAAAAAGUUUUUUUUUUAAUUUUGUAAUGAUAUUGUAUACUAUUUAUGUUCUGCUGACUGUUAUCAACUAACAUACAUAUUUUGCUGUGCUGAACAUCCUUUCUCUCCCUAAACAGUCAAAGAAUCUGGAACAAUCUUUACUUUUAUAUUACUUGAGUAAUAAAAGGAGAGAUCAUAAAGCACAUGCUCAGUUCCAGUCUGUAAUCUGUGAAUAAUCCUAUGCUGCCAUCUUGAAGCAGGACUUCUUUUGCCUUUAAUUUACUAACAGAAAUAACCACAUUACUUUUUAUUUGUAUAAAGUGCAUUAUUAUUAAAAAAUUGAAAGCACAUGCCAUUAGCCAUAAUCUCUGUUGCUCAUAGGUUGUCAUAAUCUCAUAUUAACAUGGGAGUAGUAGCUGUUGCAUUCCACAUUUUGGCCUUGAUGCAAGUACAUCUGAUGAAUGAAAGAUCACGGACGCUGUUUGCAGAAGAUCAGUGUGUUCCUCAAGCUGUUGCACCUGAUUUGCUUUGUUUAGGUUUUUUGCAUAUUUGAUUAUUUUCAGAGAUUUUCUUUCAAGAUGAUUUCCUGUUGAUGUGCUUUGACUUCAAUAAGCUGAGACAUAAAGCCAUUUGGGUUUGCAAUCGUUACAAAAUAGAUGUUCCAGUCUGAACGUCCUAGAGACAUUUUAGGAUAUGUAAGCAUGCUUCCAUUGAAGAAUGAGUUGUAUAUUUUGUUAGCCUUUGUACAGUUUCACAAUUAGGUUUAUUUUGUGAUCAAACUUUAUGUGUUCAACAUGGUUUUGAUCAUAGCAUUUUAAUUUUUAAGUCUGUGUGAUCACCCAUUUGUAAAAGUAUAUUUUUUUCUUUUUGUUCCUUUUUUGCUUUUAUUUGUUAUCCUUUUACCCUUUUUGGGGAGGCGGGGGAGGGAAUAAGGGGGUAGCAGGGUUUCUAGUUUUAUGAGGUUUUUUCAGAGGUGGUGAUGGGGGCGAAGGGGUGGGGGGUUGUUUUGUUUGGCUCUUGAGGGGUGCAGUCUAGAAACUUGUGGAUUGGCUGUUCACUGGGGGCCCUUCUAAUGGCAGCACAGGAUUGGUCCUGUUGACAUGCCUUUCCCAGUGUCUAAUCAGGUCCCCCCAACAACUGGUACUGGCAGGUCAGCCCCAGGGACAGGCCAUCUUGAUCUGGAGGCCAGUUAAGGAUAAUGUCAGUUAAGGAUCAGGAUGAUGAUGAUAGUUCAUAUCUUCUGCUGUAAGAAGAGUUUUCAAGAAAGAAUUUUGAAGAUUAGUCAGCAAAAAUGUUUGCAUGAAGUUACAAAGUUGCAACCUGUGAGAUUAUUGCUGAGACUGUUUUAGUGUGUAUUUUUUGGGUUUUCAGCUCCUCAAUCUCUCCCUUCUACAAAACAAAAACUAAUAGCCCAUGUGUAUGUGAGUGUGUGUGAGAGAAAGAGAUUGCUUGUCACAUGCUCUGUAGAUUAAUGACCUGCAAAUCUCUCUCAUUUUUCAACUUCAGUAGUUGUUUAGCUAUUAUCCUUUCGUUUUCAUCAUAUUGUUGCAAUACAAUCAUUCUUGUUGCCAUUGAACAGAAACACUUUGAAAUGUUUAUAAUUAUAUGAAACUGAAAGUCAACAGUGUCAACAGAAAUAAUUAUCAUGCAUAUGCUAUACUGUUCUGUUAGACAGUUUGUUGGUUUAGGUGAUACUCAUUGCCUUAUUAAAAAUCUGCUUCUCCCUUGGUUCUGUGCCAGUUUACUGCUAUAUUGGAACUGCAUGAACACUGUAAAGCACAUAAAUGGCUAGUAAGGAUGAACAAAUAGCCUAGAGCUACAGCAAUAUCAUCUAAACUCGAAGGCACAAUAGCCAGUUUGAUACUUGUAUGUCACAGUCUACUUUCCCCAGUUGACCCAGUGGGUACCUGACUCCACUAAGGCUGGGAAGGAUAAAGCAGUAAGGGAGUGAAGAUGAGUAUAACCCUUUUAAAGAUUGACUCCAAGAUAUGUGAGGGUUCUACUACUUCACUAAGACCAAGGUUAUGGAACUAUAGCUUCUAACGUACCAGUGCAUCACAAGAUAUUUCAUUGAUAACUUGUCACUUUUAGAAAAAUUUAAAAGUUUGUGAUAUCUAAUAAUGUGUCUUUUCAAAAGCGUUUGUGUUCCUAGAUAAUUUAGAGCAUACCGAAUUGUAUCCACAAUUAUUACGUUCACCAUGAAGGGUGUUUGUGUGUAGGGUCGGGGCAGGUGAUGUUUCUUUAAAACUGCAGUAUAAAUCCUAGCGCCUUUCCUCAUUUCAUUUGUUUCAAAUUAUUUUUGUGGUAAAACAGGAGGAGUUCAUCAUCGUUUAAAGAAUCAUUUAGAAAAAAUAAUGAAUAGAAACGUAAAAUAUCUGAAGUUACUCCGAUAGCAGUAAUUUUAAACAAAUAGUCCUCAUAAGCUACUAAGUAGAAUUUUGUAACGUGCUUAUAAGUGAAUGUUAAUUUGGCUUUCUAGCGGUGGCACGGCAGAAUAGGCAUUCACUGGCUGUAGACCAAUGAUAUAGGAGUGAUUUUUUUUUCUUUUUUCAUUUUUCAGGAAUUAGUUACAUUUAGUUGUAUCACUUUGUAUGGAGAAUUGGGAAGAGGUUUUUAUUUAGCACAACUGCCAUUUUCUGCUUAAGUUUACAUUUGAAACUCUCAGAAAAAUGCACAGGUUAAAAUUGUUUUGAUGGGGAAAUCACUAUUAACAAGGUAAUCACCAAGCCUUUAUUGUAUUAAGUUUGCACUUAACUUUAUUCUAAUCAAAAUUGUACCAUGCUAAUAUGCCUUCCCUGACUUCCCUACAAAUUCUGACAUUUUGCAUUAAAAUAAUAAAACAUAAA